AGCAACUCCUGGAUAACUGGAGCAAAGAUGACACCACAUGCUUUGCCGAGGACGUUAAGGUAUCGGACUGAGAGCCUGUAGCCAUGGAUGGACAUGCUCCCAAAAGCAAUGAAAGCGCUUUCCCAAGCUUUGUGGACUUGGAUGACUUUCUUAAUAAGCACGAUUCAAACUUCAUCUGGCUCCUCGUUGCCACCAUUCUGUCCUGUGGAUGGAUCAUCUAUUUAACUUAUUACAACUCCCGCAACAUCGGCCUCAUCUUCACCCUCAUCAUCAACCGACUCUACAAGGAUGGCUACAUUCAUAUCGGCUCCUUCUCCUUCUCCGUGCUGUCGGGGAAAAUCAUGUUCAGAGACGUCUACUUCAUCAACCAGGACAUGUCCAUCAGGAUACAGGAUGGCUUCCUCAUAUUCCGCUGGUGGAAAAUGUACAACCCGAAACAGAAGCAGCAUGACCCCAAGGCAGAGACCAGGCUCUACGUGACGGUGAACGGCUUUGAGUUUCACGUCUACAACCGCACCGACCUCUACGCCCGACUGCAGGAGACCUUCGGACUGGACCCGACGCUCAUAACGCCCAAAAGAGAGGACGACAAGUGCCAAGAGGAUCGAGACAAGACGCCGGAGAGUGUGACGAUCAAAGCAGAGAGUCCAGACCACACGUCGUCUUGGCGCUCCCUCAUUCCCGUCAUCAAAGUAAACAUCAGCACCGGUCGCUUGGCCUUCGGGAACCACCACCUCCCCCAGACGCUGUGCGUCAACUUCGAGGACGCCUUCCUGACCUACGCCACCAAGCCGCCGUCCAGCCACCUGGACCAGUUCAUGCACAUCGUCAAAGGCUCGCUGGAGAACGUGCGCGUCAUGCUGGUUCCCAGUCCGCGCUACCUCGGCAUGCAGAAUGACGAACCUCCCAGACUGAUGGGCGAAGGCUUCGUGGUCAUGCAGUCCAACGAUGUUGACAUCUACUUUUACCAGGAUGAACCCGGUCUGGUGCCUGAGGAGCAGGAGGCUGGGGAGGAGGCGGAGACGUGCAGUGAGGGCGAUAAGCUCCAGGACCUGCCUCCGUGCUGGGGUCUGGACAUCGUCUGCGGAAAAGGAACCGACUUCAACUACGGCCCCUGGGCAGACCGUCAGCGGGACUGUCUGUGGAAGUUCUUCCUGCCGGCUGACUACCAGUCCAUGAAAGUCACAGAGGUCGCUCAGCCAGGAAAACUCCGGCAGAUCCAGGCCUUCGAGCUGCGCAUGAACAUCAUCGCUGACGCCACCAUCGAUCUGCUUUUUACCAAAAACAGGGAAACCAACGCCAUCCAUGUGAAUGUAGGUGCAGGCUCCUACCUGGAAGUCAACAUCCCCAUGACCGUCGGAGAGAAUGGCUACUCUCCCACCAUCAAAGGCCAGCUGCUGCACGUGGACACCACCAGCAGCAUGCAGUACCGGACUCUUCUGGAGGCCGAGAUGCUGGCUUUUCAUGUCAUCGCCAGCUACACUCGGGUGUGGAACAUGCCUCAGUCCUGGCAGUGUGAGAUCGAGGUGUACAAGGCCACGUACCACUUCAUCUACGCCCAGAAAAACUUCUUCACCGAUUUGAUCCAGGACUGGGCGAGUGACAGCGCCCCCGACAUCUACUCCUUUGUGCCCUACUCCUGGAAGUUCAAGGUCCUUUUCCACCAGUUCGAGAUGAUCUGGGCGGCAAACCAGCACAACUGGGUCGACUGUUCCACCAAGCAGCAGGAGAAUGUGUACCUCGCGGCGUGUGGCGAGACGCUCAAUAUAGACUUCACUUUGCCUUUCAUCGAGUUUGUUCCCGCCACCUGCAAUACCGGCUUCAGCUUGAAGGCGGAGGAUACAGACCUGCGACUGUCCCUGCCAGAGUGCCACCCGAGCCGCGACCCCCUGCUCACUGUGGCCAAAGAAUACCAGAACGUGAAGCUGCCCCCGGACAUGUUCACGCCGGGGGAGAACCAGAGCGCUCCCCCUCCCAAACCCACCAAGUCCCGCUGGAGGAACAUCACCCACGCAGAAGCCGGCUGGGUGGAUUGCUGGAGCGUACCCAACUUCUUGCUCAUCAUCGACUACACUUGGCACCCCAUUUAUCCCCAGAAGGCCGACGAGCAGCUCAAACAGUCGCUGUCCGAGAUGGAGGAAUCCAUGCUGUCAGCUCUGCGUCCCCCAGAGCACACCGGGGUGCACCUCAACGUCCAGCCGCGCUUCGCCCCCUCGUUGGCCUCCGCCGCCCACGGCCGGGUGCCCGCCGACCCCACGGAGCUCCCCCCCGACAGACUUCACGUGGAGAUGGAAAUGUCCCCAAAUUCUCAGAUCAUCCUCUACGGUCCUUUGCUCCGGGCGCUGAUCUCCAUCAAGGAAAACUACUUUGGUGAAUACGACAUGUACACAGACUUUGAGGAGGCGGUGUCCAGCCCCGUGUUGUCCAGCUGCUCCUCCUCGGGCCUCGGUUGGUCUCCUCUGGGAAUGGAGGACAGCGAACAGAAGGAAAACUCCAACAUCCAUCCUCUGGACCUGCGCCCCUGGGACAUCACCGUGCUCAUCAACCUCUACAAAGUCCACGGCCGGCUGCCGAUGCACUGCAGCAGCGAGGGUCCCGAAGCUCCGUCGGGCUUCUUGGAGCGCCUCUGUUUCGAGAUGAAAAAGGGCUACAAGGAGACGAUGCUGCAGCUGCUGCUGUCUCCCGUCCACAUCUUCAUCAGCGACAACUACCAGCGUCCCACAGCGGACGGGGUUUUGAGGGACGGACACCUGAGCCUGUCGGGCCUGCAGAUGAGGGCCCACGCCAUGUUCUCCGCCCAGGGCGUCUCCCCGGGCAAUGACACGCUGGAGUAUGCCUGGCUCAUCGACAUGCAGGCGGGGGGGCUCACCGGCAGGGUCACAGUUCCACAGGUGGCCAGUAUGAUCAAGUGGGGGGAGACUUUCCUUUUCCACGGGGUUUCCCGAGAGUUCCAGCUGGAACAGCCCAAGCCCUCCGUCAUCUGCCAGCAUGGCGUCGACCGCCGCAUCUGCGACGCCAAGCUGAGCUGCAUGCCGGGUCACUGUCGCACAUCGGAGGAGCUGAAGUACACCAUGACCCGACUGGCCAUGGAUGGAGUCGACCUCUUCGUCGUGGAGCACGGCUGCGCUGCCAACAUCAAGACGGCCAUCAUUCAUGUCGCCAACUGCAACCUGCACAACCAGGCGGUGGGCGAAGGCAUCAGCGCCGUGGUGCAAGACGUAAACAUCCGGCAGUACAUUGAACAGCAGCAGCACGGCGAGGCGGCCAGGCUGCAGCCCGCCGCCCAGGGUCAGGGGCUGGGUCAGCCGCUGCCCGCUCUGCUGCGGCGCUCCGUCUGGCUGGAGGCGGGUUCGGUCAACCUGAACCUCAUCACGGCCGACAUUGCCCUGGCCGCUGACCAUCCGGCCAAAUGUGAAGUCCAAAGGCACUUUCUGGAGCUGCACGACGCGCACUCUAAAAGGCUCUGGUUCCUGUGGCCCGAAGAGGCCGGCGUUCGCAACAAGCGCAGCAGGAACCGCUGUGGCUGCCUCGGAGGCUGCAGGUUCUUCGGAGGCACCAACAUGGGCCUGGACUUCUUCAAGCUCGAGGAUCUCACGCCGUCCUCCUCGUCCGCGUACUCGUCCUCCAGCGCCGAGCCGGACAUGUCCUAUGGACAGUCGUUGCUCCAGCCGGGCGAGUGGAUUAUUACCAAGGAAACGCCCAAAGUGGACGGGAGAGCUGUCGGACUGAAGACGGACACGCACUCGCCCUGCCUGCCCCCCGAGCUGCCCGAGAGGCGUGGCCAGCAACACCUCAGUCUCCAGGUGCCCCGGCGCUCCCACAGCUCGGCCUCGUCCUCCGAAGAGAACAGCACCUCGAGUGCCGCGUUGCCCCUGCUGGCCGGAGAGAGGGACACGCCCUCGCCGAGCACAGAGGACCGCAUGUUCCCCAUGAACGGCAAAAGCCCCGCCGACACCCUCGGCGACGUCCCAGAGAUCUCGCCGGUCUCGCCCAACAGCUCCCAGGACCGCUGCUCGGUGCGCUCGCCUCUCUGCUCGCCGCUCAAGCGCCAGUCGUCCGUGCAGUCCGGCCGCCUGGGCAGCACCAAGAGCCUGUCGGCCGCCGUCUUCGCCGACAAGCCUCCACCCGUGCUGUCCGGAGGCGUCCAGUUCAGCAGCGAGGUGUCCCGCAGCGACGAGAACGUGCUGGACUCCCCGCGCCAGCGCCGGAGCUACGGCUCCUUCCCCUUCACGCCGUCGGCGGACUCCAACACCUUCCACCAGUAUCGCUCGGCGGACUCCAGCAUGUCGGUGGCCGACAGCGAGGCCUACUUCUCGGCCACCGAGGACUUUGAGCCGAUAAGCAGCGCCGACGAGGGCCCGGGGACGUACCCGGGUCGCAAGAAGAAGAGGAGGCAGCAGAUGCCGCAGCAGCCCCCGUAUCACAUGGAGAACUACAGCCGUAGCUCCAUCUACCACAGCGUCGAGGGCCCGCUCACCUACGUCCUCAACGGGGAGCUGAUCACCGAGCCGCGGCCCCUGCCCAUGCCUCCGAUGCUGCCCCCCCAGCCCCUGCCCAGCCACACGUCCCAGGCCUCCUUCGUCUCAGCCCUGGCCACGGAGGAGGAGAGUUCGGUGGAGACGGAGAAGACGGCCGAACCCGGCCCCGUGACCCGCCAGCCCCACGUCAUGGCGUGCUAUCAGAGCUACCUGGCCCACUACCAGGUCUCUAAUUGGUCGCUCAAGCAGCCCACAAAUAAAAGGACCUCAAAGUCGUCUCUGCACCGCCCCUUAGAUUUGGACACACCCACCAGUGAGGAGAGCGCCGCCUCCUUUGACCAGCUCUCUGUUCCCAGCUUUAAGGUGAUAAAGCAGGGCCUCUCAGCCAGCUCUCUACUGGACAGAGGACUUGAGCUGAUGGGAGAGAACAACAGUACACCGUACACCCCACUGGACAAGAGGGCCAUGGAGAACACAGACGAGGACACGACGACGGAGGACUGGACUCUGGAGCAGCCCUUAGCUCAGACCAGGACCACCGCCAUCGUGGAGGUGAAGGGAGCCAUCAAUGUGGUGCUCACGCCUCUCGUCGCCGAAUCCCUGGACAGGUACAUCGAAUCCAUGGUGCACUUUGCCAGCAUCCGGCACCCUGCAGCCAUUCUGGACGACCUGCACGGGAAAGUCCUCAACGAAGCCUAUCAGAUCAGCAAGUCCACAGUCACCGAGUCCAGCCAAACGGACAAGCAGGAGCACAAGCUGUCCAAGACGGAGGGCACGACCCCCGGCUCCCUGAACAUCACUCAGGGCCAGACCGACCUGUCCGUCAAGCCGGAUAAUGUGAAAAUCAAGGGCCUGCAGGCCAACGUCUCCAUCCCCAAGCUCAAUCUGUGCCUGCUCCAGGCGUCUGUGGAGGAGGGCUCGCCAUCGUGCUCCAGUAAGUGCGUCACACACGUGUCUCUGGUGGCGCUGUGCUUCGACAGGAUCGCCACCCAGUUCAGAAUGAACAGGGGCAUCGUGGAGGAGACGCCCAACGCCGCGGAACACGGCCGCUCGUCCGUCAUGUUGGAGAAGUACACCUCGGCCACCAAAAUGCAGCCUCAGUCCUCGGGCUCGCUGCGCUCCAACGCCGGCAUCGAAAAGGGCAAAGAGAUCGCCGCCAGGCUCAACGUCCACCGCAUCCACAGCCAGCUGAGAGGCCUCGACUCCACAGACAUCGGCACGUGUGCCAUCACAGCGAUUCCUUUUGAAAAGUCCAAAGUGCUGUUCGGCCUGGAGGAGAUUGAGGAGUUUUCCAUGGUGGAUGAAACCGACGCCCAGGGCACGGCGGGAGAUCUCGGCCGCUUAGCGACGUCUCUUGAGAAAUGGGGCUGGAUCAUGUUUGAGUGUGGCAUUGAGAACCUCACGGUCAAAGGCGGCCGCCAGUCGGGAGCCAUUCUUUACAACUCGUUCGGCGUGAUGGGACGCUUGGACACCGGGGGGAAGACGGGCAUGUCCAAGUCCAACGGGUCCACGGGCUCUCAGACGGGCAGCGGUUACAGCACCGACGUCUCCGAUGACAACCUGCCGCACGACACCAUCGGCCCCGCCUCCGAUGCCAAUGAGAACUCCGACUCAGACGACCAGGAUGAAGGCGUGGAGUCGGACGACCUGAAGAAAGACCUCCCCCUCAUGCCCCCGCCGCCUGACUCCAGCAGCAUGAAGCUGACCAUCAGGGAGAUCUGGUUCAGCUUUGCCGCACCCACUAACGUGCGAUCGCCUUCGCAGGCCAUCUCCAGGCAGUUAAAUCUGCUGAGCACAGCCACACCCGCCAUUGGAGCCUGGUUGGUCCCCAUCGACCAGCUCAAAUCUUCUCUCCGCAAACUGACCAUGGAGGGCACCCUGCGCGUGUGCGCCGUAAUGGGCUGCAUCAUGACCGAAGCGCUGGAGAAAAAAAGCAUCCACAUCCCGAUCCGGAGCAAGUACAACCGUGUGACUAAACGAUCUCGCUACCUGCAUGAGAAUCCCUCGUGCAUGCUCUGUAACAUCCUGCACCGCUAUCUGCACCAGGCCGACUACUCCGUCAUCGAGGAGGCAACCAUGAACGACGGGGUUCCGGCCCUCGUGACUCUGAAGAAGGGCCUGGUCGCUUUGGCCAGGCAGUGGAUGAAAUUCAUCGUGGUCACCCAGGGUUUCAAAGCCAUCGGUCUGAUGCGUCCCAAUCCGCUCGCCAAACCCAAGGAGGCUCAGCAGAGCCCGGGCGAGACCAUCUUGGGCCUGGACAACGGCGCCGCGCUGCAGAGCGACACCAGCGCCGACGGAGCCGAGUUUGAAUUCGACGCAGCCACAGUGAGUGAACACACCAUGCUGCUGGAGGGAGCAUGCAGUCGACCCCCGCCCAAGGAAGCGAACUCUGGUCCCGUGAGCGGAGUGGAGAUCAUGAGGAAACUGUCCAAGUCGCACACGCACAACGAGUCUGCACUCAGGAUAAAGGGCUCCCAUCCGUACCAGUCGCUGAGCUACACCAGCGGCGACACGGCGGCCGACUCGCCCGCCCACGUGUGCCGCGCCGCCCUGCCGGCCAAGGACAGCCCCCGGAAGGAGAGCCUGCUGAGUAAUCUGACGGGCAGCUUUCGGAGUCUCCACAACUUGCUGGAGAGCAUGCCCCAGAGGAGCGAGGCGCCUGCCCCCACCGCCACCGCGGCCCAGAGGGGCUCCCUCACUCGCACAGGAAACAGUUUAGGGACGGACAUGUUGACCGAGCACCCGCUGCUGUCGGAGCCGUCCUCGGUCAGCUUUUACAACUGGAUGUCCAACGCCGUGAGCAACAGGACAGGGGCCAUGACCCAGGACUGCCCCGCCAACCGCUCGCAGCACAACAGCCUGCAGACAGGUGGCACGUGUAACCUGCCCACCAUCCCCUCCGCGUCCGACUUCAACACCGUGCUUUCCAGCGACCAGAACACCCUGGACGGGACCCACUCCCAGCACAGCACCAGCCAGGACGACAUGGUCUACAUUGAGGAGGGCAACCAGUGCCCCACCGCCGUUCAGCUGGCCGACGCUCAGGUUGUUUUCAAGCCUCUGCUGAGCUACACAGGCACCCAGGCCCAAGACGCCACUCCACUGAGUUACAAGAUGUAUUUCGGAGAGCACUUGUCUUUUUCCGGCAACCUCGAGUGUCUACGAGCAGACAUCGUCGACUCCGACACCUCCAAAGAGCGGGAAAACAAAAGGUCCAGGAGACAAGGCCUGGUGAACCUCCCUCCGCUGGAGUUCAAGCCGGCGCUGCUGAUCGAGACGUUCAGCCUGAACGCCGUGGUGAUGGAGAAGUCGACCAGCGCUCCGCAGGGCCCCACCGCCGCCCCGCUGUCCUUCCACGACCUCAACCGCCGCCACUACAACACGUUCCACUGCGACUUCACCACCGCCUGCCAGUCCAUCAGCCAGCACGUGGACAUGGCCCUGGUGCGCCUCAUCCACCAGUUCAGCACCAUGAUCGACGACAUCAAAGCCACGCAGACGGACAUCAAGCUGAGCCGCUACACCGCCGGCUCCGCCUCCCCGACGCCCACCUUCAAGGUCCGGCCGUACCACCACUUCCGGUCCUCCGACUUCAGCCGCAGCUCCCGGGGCAGCCUCAACGGGGCGGGGCGGAGCGGAGCCCAAACCCUGAAGAGCAAGAGAGGGGUGGGCGGAGGAGGCGGAGCAGGCAUGGCCGGGGGUCUGCCACCCAACGGGCCUCCGUCGGGCAUGGACACGCUGGGGAGAAGGGAGCCCCGAGGACGCACCUCCCUCGGGCGUUCGGAGCGACGCACCUCGAAGGUGUCGAGGAAGGGCUCCCGCGACGUGGCGGACCACAUGGCCAUCCAGAUGGACGACUCGGACUCCAUCACGGUGUCCGAGCAGAGCGAGCCGUCGGCCGAAUGCUGGCAGAACAUGUACAAGCUGCUCAACUUCUACUCGCUCAUCUCCGACCCCACCGGCAUCCUGGAGAAAAGCUCCCCGGAGAACUGCCUCGCAGACGGCGGACGGCGGCCCUCGGAGCCCCUGUGCAAAGUGAUCUUUGAGAACGAGCAGCAGGACCCCUCCGCCACGCCCAACAAGCCCGCGGGCGGCCGGCGGCGCAGCCUGGUGAGCGGCGAGCCCCAGCACGUCACGCUGAUCGUGUUCGGCAUCGGCAUGGUGAACCGCACCCACCUGGAGGCCGACAUCGGCGGGCUGACCAUGGAGGCCGAGCUGAAGAAGAUCCACGGGAGCUUCACCCUGAAGGAGAAGAUGAAAGAUAUCCUGCACCAGAAAAUGACGGAGACGUGUGCAUCGGCUCACAUCGGAGGGGUCAACAUUGUUCUCCUGGAGGGCAUCACUCCGGACAUCCAAACGGUGGUCAAGUGCAACAUCGCCAAGUCGCAGACCUUGUACAGCGCCCAGCGAGGGCUGAAGACCAACAACGCGGCCGUCUUCAAGGUGGGCGCCAUCAUGAUCAACAUCCCCCAGCACCCGGCGACCCUGCACAGCAUGAUGGUCCGCAGCUCCCACCAGCUCUCCAAGCAGAUCUCUGACCUCAUCCGCCAGCCCUCCAAUGUCCAACCUCCUAAUAGGGAGGACACCCCAGCCCCGCAGCCCUCGGAGAAAGCCUCCAGCAUCAACCAGACCCCCGUAGAAGCCAACGAGUUCCCCCAGCUCCCCGAGGGCCUGGAGAAGAAGCCCAUCGUCCUCAAGUUCAGCGCCAUGAUCGACGGCAUCACCAUCGGGGCGGCGCUGCUGCCCUCGCUGAAAGCCGAGUACAAAAUGGGCCGCAUGAAGAGCCACGGCAUGACAGGUGCUCAAACCAGUUUCACCUUUGAGUUGCCAAACCACAAGCUGUGCUUCCAGUCCAAAGUGUCCCCGGUGGACAUGUCCACCAUGCCGCCAUCAGCCAGCCUCACCCUGCCGCCAGUCACCAUGUCCGGAGAGUACAUCAUGGAGGACCACGACAGCCACUCGGACCAGGGUUGGGCGCCGGACGACUUCCCAGCAAAGCAAGGCAACUACCUCCAGGGCAACUACCUGCGCUGCGUGGCCGAGAUCGGCUCAUUUGAGCACAACCUGACCACAGACCUGCUCAACCACCUGGUCUUCCUGCAAAAGGUUUUCAUGAAGGAGGUCAACGAGGUCAUUCAGAAGGUGUCAGGAGGAGAGCAACCCAUCCCACUGUGGAACGAGCCCGACACCUCAACAGAUGCAGACAAGCCCAAAAUCCUGCUUUAUUCUCUCAGCCUCAUGUUCAAGGGAAUCCAGAUGACCGCCACCACUCCUUCCAUGCGAGCCGUGCGCUUUGAGACGGGCCUCAUCGAGCUGGAGCUGUCCAACAGGAUCCAGUGCAAGGCUCAGCCCGGCGGCAGCAGCAGUUACCUGAAGCUGUUUGGCAAAUGUCAAGUGGAUCUCCAUCUGGCUCUCGGGCAGAUCGUCAAGCACCAGGUGUACGAAGAGGCCGGCUCAGACUUCCACCAGGUGGCGUACUUCCGCACGCGGAUCGGUCUGCGCAACGCUCUGCAGGAGGAGAUCAGCAGCUCCUCGGACAAGGAGGCCGUCCUCAUCACGCUCAACAGGCCCAUUGUUUUCGCCCAGCCGGUGGCAUUUGACAGAGCUGUGCUCUUCUGGCUGAACUACAAGGCAGCGUACGACAACUGGAACGAGCAGCGCUUGGCCCUCAACAAGGACGUCCACAUGGCCACCAAAGAGGUGGUGGACAAGCUGCCGGGCAUCCAGCAGACCUCGGCCCAGGCCUUCAGCACCCUCUUCCUGCAACUCACCGUCCACGACCUGGGCAUCUGCCUGCCCAUCACCACCACGUCCCAGAGAGGACAAGCACCAGCUACGGAGGACAUCCACUCUGAAGCUGGGGCCGACACUUCAGUAGGCCGGGAAAAAAAUGCACGAAAAGCCAACCACAGCAUAGAUUUUGACACCGGCUCGGCGAUGGUGCUGACCAUCGAGAGCACGCUGAUCACCGCCUGCUCCUCCGAGUCCCUGGUCAGCAAAGGCCACUUCAAGAACUUCUGCCUCCGCUUCGCCGAGGGCUUCGAGACCUCCUGGGACGACUGGAAGCCGGAGAUCCGAGGGGAUAUGGUCAUGAACGCUUGUGUGGUCCCUGACGGUACAUAUGAAGUAUGUUCCAGAACUACGGGGCAACUUUCGGCAGAGAGCAGCAGUGCCGGCACCUGGACCCUGAACGUGCUUUGGAAGAUGUGCGGCAUCGACGUCCACAUGGAUCCCAACAUCGGCAAGCGCCUCAACGCGCUGGGCAACACGCUGACGUCGCUGACGGGCGAGGAGGACGUGGACGACAUCGCCGACCUGAACUCCGUCAACAUGGCGGACCUCUCGGACGAGGACGAAGCCGACUCCAUGUCGCCCACCGUCCACAUGAGUCCGGGGAGCCAGUUCAGCCCUCGGCUGACCUUAAGGAAGCGUCUGGUAAACCACAUCCUGGGCCUCAGCCCCAGGCCUCAGAGUGUGUCGGUCCCAGCCGACUACUUAAACUGUGCGUCGCCUCGCCUCCGAGCGGGCAGCGCCAGGGCCCAAAGACCCGUCUCCUGGGCCUGUGAGACCAUUGACCCCAGGAGGCAGAUGGCAAUGGGGAACCAAGUGGUCGACUCUCGAGGGAGGAAGUUCACCAAGAGGGUGGUGGACAUCAGGGAGCUGAACGAACAGGCCAAGGUCAUCGACGACCUCAAGAAAUUGGGGGCAAGCGAAGGCACCAUCAACCAGGAGAUCCAGCGCUAUCAGCAGAUGGAGUCCGUGGCCGUCAACGACAUCAGGAGAGACGUCAGGAAGAAGCUGCGUCGCUCCAGCAUGAGGGCGGCCUCUCUGAAGGACAAGUGGGGUCUUGGCUACAAACCGAGCUACAACCGCUCCAAGAGCAUCUCGGCCGCAGCAGGCCGACCGCCUCUCAAGAGGAUGGACAGGCAGAGCUCCAGGAUGGGCGAUGUGGAUGACCUCCCGGAUAUGCGCAUGGACGCGUCCUCACCUGGACCUCGGGUCACCUUCAACAUCCAGGACACGAUAACUAAUCAGGCUCUGGACGCUGCACAUGCUCCUGUCAGUCCAGGAGAAAUAUUCAAGUUUCCCGAGGAGACAGAGGUGGACCUGUUGUCAGUCACCAUUGACGAGCCAUCCCAUCCUCACCACCAUCACCACCACCAUCACCAUCUUUCUCCAUCUGUUAUGGAGGGCUCAGUUUUCAGUGCCCCCGGCACCCCUGCCGUCUUUUCACCGCCACUUCCCUUCCAGCAUGACGACAUGAGGCGCGAUGACCUGUCCUCGUCGUCCUCCGAAGACUCUGAAAAGGAGGACGAGUUCGAACGGGAGAGACCGCCGAGCUAUCGAAGGCCCAUCCAAGCGUCUCACAGGAAGUCCUCCGGGUUUUCCGCCGUGAGUCAGCUGUUCAGCGAGCGCUGGCCGAGCACGCCGGCCGGACGCAGCUUCGGCGGCCCGGCGACGGAGAGAAACAUUGACUUUGAGCUGGAUGUCCGCGUGGAGAUCGACAGCGGGAAGUGUGUCCUUCACCCCACGACCCAGCAGCCGGAGCACGAGGACAUUACCCACAGGAAGAGCUGUGAGCACAGCCUCAAGAGUCUGGACCAGGAGUCUCCUCCCAAGAAGAAGAAGCUGCAGCCCACCUACACCUCCACCACCUACCUCCUCGCCGGCAAGAAAUGUCCCUCCACCCUGCAGACCAAACCCAACGACACGGAGACCACCGUAUUCUACAUUCCAGGAGUGGACGUGAAGUUGCACUACAACUCCAAAACACUGAAGACGGAGUCGCCCAGCGCCUCGCGCGGAUCCUCUCUCAAUCGCACGCUCUCCAAAGAGUCGAAGCUGUUUGGUAUGAAAGAUAGCGGCCCUCCCAAUGGCGUCCAAAGCCAGACGAACUCGCUCCUACCUCCCCCGCCCCCACCUAUCCCGUCAGCCAAAGGAAAGGGCAGUGGCGGGGUGAAGGCGGCCAAGCUCUACGCCUGGGUGGCCCUGCAGACUCUGCCGGAGGAAAUGGUCAUCAGCCCCUGUCUGCUGGACUUCCUGGAAAAGGCGCUGGAGACCAUUCCCAUCACUCCAGUGGAGAGGGGUUACGCAGCGGUGGCGACCCAGGAGGAGGACAUGGCUCAGUUCGACCCGGUGGAGCAGCUGGAGGAAUCCACCACCUCCCUGGUGUCCUCCUCCACGUCGGCCUACUCCUCCUUCCCCGUGGACGUGGUCGUGUACGUCAGAGUCCAGCCCUCUCAGAUCCGCUUCAGCUGCCUGCCGAUGUCCCGGGUGGAGUGCAUGCUCAAGCUGCCCUCCCUGGACCUGGUCUUCUCCUCCAACCGCGGAGAGCUGGAGACCCCGACGGGAGCCCACCCCGCUGAGGGGUCUCACCACCCCUCCUCCACUCCGCCGGGGCAACACAUCCCCAAACCGCCCCCCAGCAAAGCGUCUCCGUUGCUGGGCAGCCCUCUGGGCCGGAGCCGCCACAGCAGCAGCCAGUCCGACCUCACGGGCCCCCCCAGUAGCUCCUCGGGCCUCAGCUUCACCGCCUGCAUGUCUGACUUCUCCCUCUUCGUCUUCCACCCCUACGGCGCCGGGAAGCAGAAAUCUGCUGUCACGGGCCUGCCGCCGGGCCAAGGGCCACUGGGAACAGUAGACGAGGAGCCGUCUUCAGUCACGGGAAGAAAAGACUCUCUGAGUAUCAACCUGGAGUUCGUGAAGGUCAGCUUGUCCCGCAUCAGGCGUACCGGAGGCCCCACCUUCAUUGAAAGCUUUAUUCCUGCCAAAGGUGGCAAAAUGGACACGACCCUCAUCAACAUCUCAGCCGUGUGUGACAUUGGCUCGGCGUCCUUCAAGUACGACAUGAGGCGACUGAGCGAGAUCCUGGCCUUCCCGAGAGCCUGGUACCGCCGGAGCAUCGCCAGGCGCCUCUUCCUGGGAGACCAGACCAUCAACCUGCCCGCCUCCGGCCCCGCCACCCCGGACUCGGCCGAGAGCGUGGCCCAACACAUGUCCCCCGAGUCCUGCCGCAAAGCCUACUGGAGGACGUGGGACGGCAGCACCGGGACACAGCACAUGCCCCAGUCCCCCAACGUCUUCUCGGAGCACUCCACCGGGAGCAACAUGUCCCCGGGUGGCCUGGGCCACCUCAAGUCCCCGGCGCCGGGCCGCACCAGGAGCGUGUCCGAUUCCUCCGCCCCCAGGAGAGACUCGGUGACCAAGACGUCCACCCCGUCCUUCAGCAAGAACGGGAAGGCGGCGGGCCAGCAGGGGGCGCCGUGGGAGACGCUGGUGGUGUUCGCCAUCAACUUGAAGCAGCUCACCGUCCAGAUGAACAUGAGCAACGUCAUGGGGAACAACACCUGGACCACCAGCGGGUUGAAGAGUCAGGGACGUCUGUCGGUCGGCAGCAACCGCGACCGAGAGAUCAGCAUGUCCGUCGGCCUCGGACGCUCCAAGCUGGACUCCAAAGGCGGCGUGGUGGGCGGCAACAUCGACGUGAACACCCUGGAGAUGGUCUCCCACAUCUCCGAACACCCCAACCAGCAACCCAGCCACAAGAUCCAGAUCACCAUGGGGUCGACGGAGGCGCGCGUGGACUACAUGGGCUCCAGCAUCCUCAUGGGCGUGUUCAGCAACGCCGACCUGCAGCUCCAGGACGAGUGGAAGGUCAACCUGUGCACGGUGGACACCAGCCUAUCGGAGAAAAGCGAAAUCUUCGUCCUCGGAGAUCUGCAGUGGGACAUUUUCCAGGUGAUCAUUUCGCGCUCCACCACGCCGGACCUCAUCAAGAUCGGCAUGAAGCUGCAGGAGUUUUUCACCCAGCAGUUCGACACCAGCAAGCGGGCCCUCUCCACCUGGGGGCCCGGUCCCUACCUGCCCCCCAAGACCCCCGUCAUCAUCGCCGAGAAAGGCUCCGCCGAGCUCUACAUGGACGCCGCCCACCACCGCCACUGGCCCGGGGUGCUGAAGGUCAUCGCCGGCUGCCACAUCUCCCUCUUCCAGAUGCCCCUCCCGGAGGACGCCGUGCAGCUGGGCGGUUCCAUGAGUCUCCACGGCAACCACAUGACGCUGGCCUGCUUCCACGGGCCCAACUUCCGCUCCAAGUCGUGGGCCCUGUUCCACCUGGAGGAGCCCAACAUCGCCUUCUCGACGGAGGCGCAGAAGAUCUGGGAGGACGGCUCCAAAGACGAUUCCACCUACAUCGUCCAGACGCUGGACUUCCAUCUGGGUCACAACACCAUGGUGACCAAACCGUGCGGCGCACUCGAAAGUCCAAUGGCCACCAUCACCAAAAUAACCCGCCGUCGCCACGAAAACCCGCCGCAUGGCGUCGCCACGGUCAAAGAAUGGUUCAACUACGUCACGGCCAUGAGGAAUGAAGAGCUCAACCUGCUCAGGAACGCGGAAGCCAACAACCAGGAGGACGGCGCAGCGGCGGCCAAGAACGCCAGCCUGCUGAGCAGCUUCCGCAGCUCCUCCAGCUACAACCACGAGACGGAGACCAUCUUCGCUCUUCCCAGGAUGCAGCUGGACUUCAAGUCCACUCACGUGCAGGACCCCGACGAGCCCUCUCUCGCAGACUCCGACAGCAAACCCAAAGUGGAGUGCAGCGUGGUGACGGAGUUCACGGACCACAUCUGCGUCACCAUGGACGCCGAGCUCAUCAUGUUCCUCCACGACCUGGUGUCGGCCUACCUGAAGGAGAAGGAGAAAGCCCUGUUAAACCCGCGGAUGUUCUCGGCGCGGCCCGGCCAGAAGAGCCCCACGGCGCCGCACCACGACAGCUCGGCGGACAAGGACGCGGACGGGAAGAACGACGACGCCGUCAACUACACCACGGUGGACUGGAGGGAGUUCAUGUGCAACACGUGGCACCUGGAGCCCACCCUCAGGCUCAUCUCCUGGACGGGCCGCAAGAUCGACCCGGUGGGCGUGGACUACAUCCUGCAGAAGCUGGGCUUCCACCACGCGCGCACCACCAUCCCCAAGUGGCUGCAGAGGGGCGUGAUGGACCCGCUGGACAAGGUGCUGUCGGUGCUGCUCAAGAAGCUGGCCACCGCCCUGCAGGACGAGAAGGACAAGAGGAGCCGGGACAAAGAGGUACACUAAGCCCCGCCCCCUGCGGGUCACCCACACACUGGACCUGUAUUACGACGGGCCGCUUACCGAACGACACGUUUCCACUCGUUCCCGCUCUGUGGACCUCAGCGGGUUGUUUACCGCGGCGUCCGCCACUCGCCGCUCUGACUGAAGCGUUUUGCACCGAUGCCGUUUUUCUGUAUAUUGUGAACAAAAGUAGCAAAAUGUGAGAAUGACUUGACUGCUUUGAUGGUUGAACAAAACAAACAAACAACAGAGAACACCUGCCUCUUUUACCUGCUGUACAUGACCUUAAUGAAAAUCGCUUGAAAGUUAAUUUGAAGGCUUACCACUAUUUCAUGAGAAAUGAUUUCUUAUACCGUUGCCUUUUCUUUGUUUCCCAUGGAACACAUGGUAGAUAUGCUUCAUGUAUUUUAUAGUGUAGUUUUCAGAUAUUUAAGAACAGUUCAGUGACGGUGUUCUUGAUUUUAAUUUUUUUCUUGGAUGUGAACAAAUAAAUACUGGGAGGUUAUUGCACAUCGCCCGCUCAGUCGACAUGAACUUGUAAUUAUGAUUUUAAACCAAGAUCACUAUUUAUGGGUAUCUGAAACGCAAAGUGUAUAACAUGUAUCAGCUUGGUGUGUCAAGCUUAUUUUUGUCCUUUUUUAAAAAGAAAAAAUCCAUAAAGUAGAACCAGUGUAUAUAUAAUUAAAUUUCUUAAAAUAUGUUGAUUUCCUAACUUAAUAAAAAUAUUGCCAUUCAAUUUAA